UUCACAAAGUUGAAUCGCGAUCUGAAAAUGGUAAAAGUGGCUUCAUCGCUGGGCCAACGGUGGUGCGUUUUGUGCGAAAUUUAGGACUAAAUCCGGCGAGAAAGUGCAUUAAAGUGACCGGAAAGUGCAGUGCAAGGUGAGCAUCAUCUGGUUUGGGUAUUUUCCAGCGGGGAGAAGUGUUUUUCGGGUGGGAAAUCGGUGCUGCAAAAGUCGUGAAAACUGAAAAGUGCCAACGAAACGCAGUAGGCAGGGGCACCAUCACUUGCCAGUCAGGCAGCAAGCAGCAGCAACACGAAGUGAGCGGAUAUUAAAAUGGGGGUUCACAUACCUCCGCUAGGGUGAUUCGGAAUAUAAAAUUUACAUGAAAUGUGAAAUUGGGAAGUGCGCUCGUGAAAGAUAUCGUGCCCGCAUCCAGCCUUCAACAAUAUACUUCAAGCUGAAAAGUUAAUCAACGGUUCCCGUUUUUGUGCCGCCUGUCGAAUCAAGAAAAGUACCAGCCAAGAAGAAUUUAGUGAAAGUUGUUUUUUUUCGUAAGUGGUUCCGUUUCGUGUACGGAUUGGGGACGAAAAUACGCGAAAACAAGUGAAGCACAGGCCAGUCGGAUAGCAGUCGCCGCCCUACCUGGGACGGUUGAUUUUGUGUGUUGUGAACAAGAAGAAACCCAAUAUCAGACACUGAUUCAACUGAAGUGAAAGAAAGAGAGCGGCAAGCUGUAGGAAUAAAUCACUAUCCCGCAAUCGCAGGCAAUGCAGAGUGCAGAGGACACUUCGAAUCUUAUGGACACCGAUCACAGUGCGUCGUUGUCCGCGUCGUCGCCCCCGUCGCUGAACAGUGCCGUCGCCGCCGCCCCGUCCGCGGCCAACGUUGGAGCACCAGCAGCAGCCGGCGUAGCCGGUGCCGGACCUGGUUCCGGUGCUGCGGUUGCACAGUCCGGGCGCACCGGCGAAGCGCUGGAGUAUCACUGCCGUAUGCUGGAAGAAGAAGUUCAAUCACUCAAAGAUUCAGAGAGCAAACUCAAACAACAGUAUGCCGAAUCUCAACGCCGAGAACGGAUCCUCGCUCGACGGCUCGCCGUCAAGGAGCAAGAAAUGCAGGACUUUGCCAGUCAAAUUGCCGAACUUAAGACUGCCCAGGCCCCGGCUCAAGCUGCGCUUCGAUCCGCCCUGCUCGACCCCGCCGUCAACAUACUCUUUCAGAAGCUCAAAAAUGAACUCCAGCAGACCAAGGCCAAACUGGAGGAGACACAGAAUGAGCUGUCGGCGUGGAAGUUCACGCCGGAUUCCAACACGGGCAAACGGCUGAUGGCCAAGUGCCGGCUGCUGUACCAGGAGAACGAAGAGCUCGGCAAGAUGACCUCGAACGGGCGGCUGGCCAAGUUGGAGGGCGAACUGGCCCUCCAGAAGAGCUACAACGAGGAAGUGAAGAAAUCACAACUGGAAUUGGACGACUUCCUGCAGGAGAUGGACGAAGACGUCGAGGGAAUGCAGAGCACAAUCGUGUUCCUUCAGCAGGAGCUGAAGCACACCAAGGACGAGAAGGAAGUCCUCGAGAAGGAGGUCCUGCAGCUGCGAUCGUACGUAAACGGGGGAGCUGCCGGUGAUGACGGUCUCGCGUCAUCUCGGAUGCCGGAAACCGACAGCCCCGUCGAUCCAUCGUGUUCGUCAUCGGUUUAUUUAGUGAACGGGAGUAAUAAUAAGUUAAAACAAAGUUCAAGUGAUCAAUCAGAAUCGAUGUUGGUGUAUCAGAAUCGGACGCACUGUGGUGGCAAUACAAAUAGCAAUUCGGAAAUGUUGAACGGUGGUGAUGAUUUAGUUAAUGAACAAGAACAAACGAUCGGCGGCAGCAACAACAGCAGUAGACUUAGCGGUAACACGACUAGUACUGGUAAUAAUGGUAAGAAAGUAAACAAUAGGACUGCUAAAACAGUUGGUGGUAAGAAGCGAAACUACGCGGAAGAUCAAGACGACGAAGGGGUUGCGGGGGGCGAGGGAGACGAAGAGGACAGUGGACACUUCGACGACGGCACGAACAACGGUAAGAUUGACCAACAGCCGCAACAGCAUGAAGAGGAACCGAUCCUCACCAGCAGCAAUAAACGCAUGACGCGAUCAGGUAAGGGUAAGACCGUGCCGAAAGUAAGCGUAAAGAAACUGCGAAGGGCGUCGGUACUGUCGGCCGAUCCCACGGCGGAGGACGACGAUGCUGCCGAAGGAUUUGCUGCCAACGGUGCGAACUGAAUAAUCCCACCUUAAACGCAAAAAAAAAAUCGGAUUUUCCAUUUCCUCGCAUGGGAGAAUGGAAAACCGCAAAAGACUCCUAUUUUGGGGUGGCGUACUCUUCGUAAAAUAGGUUUUUACACUAUAAUAAAGCACGCUGUCCUAAAGAAUUAAGAAAAACAAAAACAGGCUAGGAUUAAGUAUAGCUGAAAAGUAAAUAAACCUGAAUGAAGGAAAAUCACUCAAGAAACACAUUGAAAUUAGAACUCUUGGUAAGCUAAAGUUACAAUAAUAAUUAUUGUACAUUCUGAUAAACCACGAUUAGGGAUAAUUUGAACCGAAGUAAUGUUUCGCAAGAAAAAAAUCAUACAUACACACAAACACAUAAAAUGAUACCCUCCUACAACUCCCACAUCGCGCGGAUGCCCGUCGAAACCAACCAGAAAAAAAACAUCGUAAAUAAAGCAGUGGAAGAUUUUGUUCUCUUUUUCGUUUGUCCAACAACGUUUUUAGACAGCUAAGACAGUGUAAUUUUAAAUACUGUAAAUCAAGCAAACAUAGCAUAGAAAAGUUUACAGAAAAAAAAUCAACCAGCAACAAUGUGUAAUUUAAAUUAUUUCGAAAAAAUAGAGUUAAAUUAUUCAUAAAACAUC